CGAGCUGUCUGAACACGCUGACAGGCGAGUCUCACUUCCUCUCUGCCGCGGGACACUUCUCCUCCUCUUAAGAAGCGCGACCCCGCGGCCUCGUGGCGAUGUGCCGUGGAUCGGUCCCGCUGUGAGCCGCGUCGGACCGCAGCAGCGAUGCGGGCCGGAGUCCUGCAGCGCGGAUUGGACGGAGCCGCGGUGACCGGCGCCCUGGCGCUGUGCCUCGGCUGUCUGCACGUGAUCGCCCUCAAAUCACAACUGCUGACGGGGCUCGGCGGGUCAUCUGACUCCGCUGAGGCCCCCGUCAGCUAUGAGACGUUUUAUUUUGAUCAGAAGAUUGAUCAUUUCGGUUUCCUCGAGGAUGGCACCUUCAAACAGAGGUACCUUGUGGCCCACAAACACUGGCAGCAGCCCGGGGGACCCGUUUUGUUCUACACUGGCAACGAGGGCGACAUCACCUGGUUCUGCAACAACACUGGCUUCAUGUGGGAAACUGCGGAGGAGCUGGGCGCCAUGCUGGUUUUCGCAGAACAUCGUUACUAUGGAGAGUCUCUGCCAUUUGGACAAGACUCUUACAGCGACAGCAAGCACCUGAACUACCUGACCUCGGAGCAAGCCCUGGCAGAUUUUGCAGUGCUGAUUCAGAACUUGAAGAGCACUUUACCGGGAGCUCAGCACAGUCCCGUCAUCGCUGUCGGAGGUUCUUACGGCGGGAUGCUCGCCGCCUGGUUCAGGAUGAAAUACCCCAAUAUAGUUAUUGGAGCUUUGGCAGCUUCUGCACCAAUUUGGCAGUUCACCGGUAUUGUGCCGUGUGGAGACUUUUAUAAAAUAGUCACACAGGACUACGCCAGGAGUGGGUACAACUGCGAUGCAAACAUCCGAAAGUCUUGGAAGGCCAUAAACAAUGUCUCUUCCACUGUGUCUGGUCUGCAGUGGCUGUCCCAAGAAUUCAGUCUAUGCAUCCCUCUAAAAAACAAGAGCGAUGCUGUCGGCUUCAAGAACUGGCUUCAGGAGACUUGGGUGAACCUGGCAAUGGUGGACUACCCCUACGAAGCCAACUUCCUGCAGCCACUCCCUCGCUGGCCGAUCACGGUGGUGUGCAAACAUCUGGCUUACGAUCCCGGCGUGUCCGACUACCAGCUGCUGCACGGCGUCUCCCAAGCAGCAAAGGUCUACUACAACUUCACCGGAACCUCCUCUUGCCUCAACACAUCUCAGACGGCAACCGGCAGCCUCGGCCUCCUCGGCUGGUUUUACCAGGCCUGCACGGAGAUGGUGAUGCCCAUGUGCACAGACGGCGUGCAGGACAUGUUCGAACCCGAGGAGUGGAACUUCAAGGCCUUCGCCGACGAGUGCAGCGCCAUGUUUGGUGUCAGGCCGCGGGCGGACUGGGCCGGCGCGGUCUACGGCGGGAAGGACAUCGCCUCGCACAGCAACAUCAUCUUCAGUAACGGAGGACUCGACCCGUGGUCGUCCGGUGGAGUGACCUCCAACAUCACAGAUUCCCUGGUUUCCAUUGUCAUCCCUGACGGAGCACAUCACCUGGACCUCCGCUACAGGAAUGACUACGACCCACCUUCAGUCCGCGCAGCCCGGGCGUUAGAGGUGAUGUACUUUCGAAAGUGGAUCAAGCAGGCUAAAAGACCCCCUCAGACCUGAUAGUACCUGAAGGCCAGCACAAUGUCACAGGAACUAUGUGCUUUAUGUGGAGCUUUAAUCUAUGUGACAGCUCUCUGCAUCGUUAUGCCAAAGUUUGAGCCUUUUUCCAAAAUGAGUGUUGUGGUAAAACAUUUUGUCUACAUUGAAUCACGACUUUUUGCAAAAAUUGAACUGAACUCCUGAUCUUAAUAGCAACAUCAUUGAUUACAUGGCAAUUUUUUUAUAUCUUAAGUGUAUUAGACCUAAUGAGAUGCGCUCCAUUUAUUUUAAUGCCAAACUAUACUUUUCAAAUUGCUUCGAGAGGCUUUCCAUUAGGAGAAAUAAAUGAGAUUCACUAGUAACUGUCAUUUUUUUUCUUCUUUUUUUUUCUUACAUUUAUUCACAUUAUUUUCAUCAAACGACUGGAUCGUGUCCUCAGUUUAGUCUGUAUCUGCAUCACAGCAUUUGCCAAAAGCUCAUUAAGGCCUUUCUGCCUCCAAGCUUGUGUAUUAUUGUUGUUAUUCUGCGGUACAAUCAGGGAUAUGUUUAGUUAAUACCACCUUACAGUUCAUUUCUAUUUUUCUUGUUGAUUAGCCAUUGCUGGUGUAGUUCUUCUACAGUAAGUAAGUGUUUUAUUUGCUGUUGUUUUGUGACUCUUACAGAAGACUUUUUUUUUUUAAUACCCUCUGCACAAUGUAAUAUUAAACUUCAUUUGUUCCAGCUCACAGUGCAUUCCUCGCUCUUAAGUUUUCUAUUUGUUUUAUACCACCUGUGCUUAAUGUGUUGUCUGCCGCUAAAACGGAUUAAAAAGCUACCGAUGAAAUUGUCA